CAUUGAAAAGGUUUUUUGUCGCAUUGCCUUCUGGUUCUAAAAUGACACAAAUCCCUACACCUCCCGCCUCUCGCGCCAGUUCAGAAUCCCUCUAUGUCGAGACCAAACAAUCGGACUCCUCCGCGGAGCUGUUGCGGUCACUCGAUUCCCUUCUAGAGCAUUAUCUCCAUCUCCUCGAUCAACACCAGCGACUACAGGCCGAUCUCAGCUCGCGACUAUCCUCCGGGUUUUUCUCGCUCGCUCAGGCCAAUUAUACCUGUCCACCAGGCCGACAUUAUGGCGCGGAUUAUUAUGAUGAUCGCAUGAAAGCCACGAGGAGAGUAGAACUGCAAGCUUCUACCGACCGCGACGGAAAUGACCAUAGCACUCAGAAUGAUGCCACUUCGACGGAGGGCCACCCAAACCACGAAUGCAAACCUACGUUCACCAUGAAAUCCGUGAUAGACAACUCCGAGGAGGAUCAAUCGAAGAAGACGGAAGAUACCAAGCCAACGCCCACUACAGACGAGCCUGCACAGAACGAGGAACCCAAGCCCGAGGCAGAGGCCAAACCCACAGAACAAUCCACAGAAGACUCACCUCCCUCCAUCCUUACCGAGGACGACCAGCAGGCUGGCCCCAAACCUCAACCGUCGAAGCAUAAACCUCGAUCCUCCGAUCCUAUACGGUGGUAUGGGAUCUUGGUCCCCCAGUCUCUUCGCAGUGCUCAGAAAUCCUUUGCGGAGGCGGUGGAUGGCCAUAUGGCGGAGCUGGCCGGUGUGAUUGUUGAGAUGCAGGCUGUGGAGAAAGAAGUGACCCGGGUGAGAAGUGAACUGGGAAGUACGUGACAUGCUUGAGCUACACAGGUCAAGCUCGUGGCUAUGACCAUAUCCAUAUAGACAUUCCAAAACAAACAAUAGAUCAUGCUGAUCCAAU